AUGAUCGCAAAGAUUAGCGAGACCCUUGAACCCAUCAACCUACAAGGUGGAUGGCCUACUCCCCGCCUCCAUCCCACCAAGGAAAUCGAGGCAGCAUCAUCUGCCCUAUUCAGGCAGAAAGACGUCCAGCAAAGCUUACGCUAUGGACCUGAACUAGGUUCCAGUAAUUUCCGCGGAGCUAUUGCAGACUGGUUGACCGAGAGCUACGCCCCAAAGGCUGGAUCAGUUGUAUCUGAGCGUGUCGCCAUUACGAAUGGAGCCUCGAAUGGGCUGGCAUGCGUCCUUCAAAAAUUCUCAGAUCCUUGUUAUACGCAGGGCGUGUGGAUGGUCGAACCAACAUACUUCCUUGCAUGCCCUAUUUUCCGAGAUGCAGGACUUGGUGGGAAGAUAUUUGGCGUUCCAGAGGGUAAGGAUGGUAUUGACUUGGAGUAUCUUGGUAAUCGCCUGCGGGAGGUAGAUGAGAAUACUCUUCUCCCUAUGGAACCAAGAAAGACUGUUGAAGGCGGGUAUCCCAAGAUAUAUCGUCACAUUGUGUACAUUAUCCCGACAUUUUCGAACCCCAGCGGUGGCACAAUGAGUGUUGAAAGCCGCAAAGGACUCAUCGAGUUGGCGAGGAAGCAUGACGCCCUUGUCGUGUCGGACGACGUUUAUGACGUUCUGCGUUGGCCAACCUUGGAGGGCGAAACCUUGGAAAAAGUCGGAACUUGCACUCCCAGGCUUGUCGAUAUCGAUCGAAACUUGGAAGGCUUCUCAGCUUGGGGUAACACACUGAGCAACGGGUCGUUUUCGAAAAUCGUGGCUCCUGGAAUAAGGGCGGGAUGGGUCGAAGCCAUGCCAGCCUUGAUUUCUGCAAUGGGCACAGUAGGCGCAACAGUAUCGGGAGGUUGUCAAGCCCACUUUGCUUCUCUCGUUGUUGAGAAAAUGCUCUCUAGCGGGGCUCUUUCAUCACAUAUCCAGAAAACACUGAUCCCGACAUACCGAACCAGGUGGCUGAGCAUGACAAAAGCCAUCAGAAAACACCUUUACCCUCUCGGCGUUCGUAUUGUAGGAGAUGAGGGAGAAACGGUCGGCAAGAUCGCCGGUGGCUUCUUCCUCUAUCUAAGCUUUAAGGGUUGUUCCGCAUCGGGUCCCACCAUUGCGAAGACUGCACUUGAGAAAUAUAAUGUGAAAAUCGCACCCGGUGGCAUUUUCUCUGUUCCUGAUGAUCCUGAGAGCAAGAUACGAGGUGAAGAUACAUAUCUUCACGGGGCUAGAUUGUGUUGGGCAUGGAAUGAGGAGGUCGUAUUGGUGGAUGGAAUUGAGAGGAUUGCCAAAGCUAUAUUAGAUGCCAGCAAGUAG